UGACAUUAGCUAAUCUGUGUAAAGCCAGACGAGAGAGAAAAAAAAAGUACUCCGUGUGAUGUGUGAUCUGUGAUUACAUAGGUACUCUUUGUCUUUGUCUGCUGAGACGGAUUUCUUUCAGUUUCUCUUUCCUUGUCAAAUGUUGUAAAAAUGACGAAGGGUACCUCAAGCUUCGGUAAACGCCGAAAUAAGACACACACAUUAUGCAGAAGAUGUGGAAGAUCCUCCUAUCACAUCCAAAAAUCAAAAUGCGCUCAGUGUGGAUAUCCAGCGGCUAAAUUGCGCUCUUAUCACUGGUCAGUGAAGGCCAAGAGGAGGAAGACCACUGGCACUGGCCGCAUGCGUCACCUCAAGAUUGUAAGAAGGCGUUUCCGUAAUGGCUUCAAAGAAGGCAAACCCACACCUAAAAAAGCUGUUGCCUCAUCGUAGACCUAUCGCUUUAUGUGAAUAAAUUUUUUUUUAAACUAAUGUA